AUCGUAAGCCGCUACCUUGGCGGAGCGACUUAUGCUAUGCGUAACAUAACGAGUGAUUUUACGUAACGACGUGAAUGUGUAUUUAUGAUUAAGUUUACAUUACGUUAAUAUAUCCCGUUUUUGAGCGAGAUUUGCCUCGAGAAUGAGCAAACAUGCCUCGAAAGCGUGAAAGAGAUGCCGAGAAUUAGCAUAUGAAAUAACGAGCAACCAAGAAGCGAUGGCGUAAUCUCUUGCGGCUUUUUGCAUAACAGUGCAUGCAAAACAUAACUCGCGUGACAGCGCACGUUAUGCACGUUACACGAACGCUAAAUUGCAAUCGUAAUUAGAUAUCCGGUACAUUUUUGCGGCUAUCGGCUGUCGCGCCGGUGUCACGUCAGCGCAAUUUUUAUAUCCGCUAAAAAAUUCCGCCGGUCAGUCGGUUCGUCCUGAUAUCGCCAGCUACACGUAGAAUUAGUGUUCGCAUGUAUUCAAGCCGGGAUUGUGCGAUAAGCUUUUUGCGAAUUGACGCGAACGACGACGCGGACGUAAUCGUUCGUAUUCGGAAGCGCGCGCGGAUACGUGUGUAUCGCUCCACAUGCCUCGAUAUCGCCGUCGCGACUUUAAGAUCCUCCGUGUCGGCGAACAAAAACGUGAUGUAUCCGUACGUGAGCAACGAGAGCGGACGGAUAAUGAUACUGGACCCAGGUGGAUUUACGGAAACGUGUUUGGUUUUCUCGUGGAAGUAGAUUAUUUAGACGCGAUUGCGGCUACAUCUCGACUCGUUCAAGGAGCACGUGAGUUAUAAGAUAUAUUACUCGAAAUAAGAGCGUAAAAAAGAUCACGCGAUCGCUCGGAGAGAAGUUUCUUUUUCUCCCGCGAGAAGACCGUUAGGUUUGAAUAUCCGCGUUUUUUAAAACUAUAUACGCGUUCAGUCAUAUUCGUUCCGUAAUAACUUGUGUGUACAGUGUGAAAUUGAGUUCGUUUGUCGAUGAUCGAAAUGCCAUUGGGAAAGUGAGCGCGUGAUAUUGGUUAUUCAGAUUAACAUUCGUCUGUAGUAUUGAAAAACAAACGUAUUAGAUACUUCAUUUAUAUAACACAUCUUUAUAAUGCAAAGUACCAUGCCUCUGCAAAUAUAAUGUCGCGAACAUCGGCAGGUCCGAUCCAUUGGCCAUCGAAAUGGCUACAUACUGGUAUUCUGUCUUGUUGUGUUGUGGAUUCGUCACCCUCACGAACGGUUUGUUUCGGACACGCGGAUUACUGCCUCCGUUGGAAGAUCCUAAUAAAGUGUUGGGAAACUACGUGAAGGAAAAUGAUUAUCCAUUUGAACUUCAUUUCGUGACAACCAAAGACGGAUAUGUAUUAGCUCUGCACAGGAUACCUCCCAGUGAUCCGAAUAAAUUAAACAUUCCAAAUCGGCGAGUAGUGUUAAUUAUGCAUGGAUUACUAGGAUCUUCGGCCGAUUGGAUAAUAACGGGUCGCAAUCGUUCAAUCGCCUUCCUCUUGUCUGACAAUGGUUAUGACGUGUGGCUCGGCAACGCUCGUGGAAGCACAAACUCGAAAAAUCACACGAAACUCUCCAUACAAAGCGCUAAAUUUUGGGACUUUAGUUGGCAUGAGAUGGGUCUGUACGAUACACCUGCUAUGAUAGACUACAUAUUGGAAUAUACCAGCCAGAAAAAACUAUUUUACAUAGGCUUCUCUCAAGGAACAACGCAGUUUUGGGUUACGAUGUCUCUCAUGCCGGAAUACAAUGAAAAAAUUAAACUUAUGUCCGCCUUAGCUCCGGUUGCUUACACGGGACACAUCACUGGUCUGUUGAAAACCCUCAGUUACCUUGCUUAUUUUUUCAGGGGAUUAUACAAGUACACUGGAUACUUUGAGCUUUUGUCAAGUACAUUCCUAAUGAAACGGAUGUCGUAUGCUAUAUGCAGGAAAGGUGUAAUAACUCAGCCUCUCUGCGAGAUAUUAAUCUAUUUGGUUGGCGGUUUCAGCAAAGGUGAAUUUGAUCACGUGGAUGUGGGGAAGUUUUUGCAAUUCACUCCCGCGGGAUGUUCGUUUAAACAAUUAGUCCACUAUGCGAUGGGUGUUCAAAAUCCAGGACAUUUUCGAUCCUAUGAUUACGGCAUGUUGUCGAAUAUUAGGAACUAUAGGCGAAUUGUACCGCCUGAAUACCCUGUGCACAAAAUUACAGCCCCGAUAGUCCUGUACGUCGGUUUGAACGAUUGGCUGGGUCAUCCAAAGGAUGUUGAGAUAUUGAAGAAAAAAUUGCCGAAUCUUGUGGAGGAGUAUACGGUGACGCUAAAGAAAUUGAAUCACUUUGACUUUCUGUUUGGCCUGCACAUACGAGAUCUUGUUUACGAACAUGUAAUUGAAAAGAUGAACUCCAUUCCAUAAGGAUUAGUGAUCAGUGAUUCCAGUCCGAUUUCCCUUUACCCGCAAAGGCUACAUUGCGAACGCGCAGAGCCGUCGUGGGAAGGAGAGACACGGUUACUUCGACUGAUCUUCUCGCAUUGCGUAACUUUAUCUCGUGUCCUUCUCACAUGUAAUCAUAUAAACUUUGUACGUUGUCCGCUCGUGCAUCGUGUACAGCAUUAAUCAAGAUAUGACGAUGCUGUCUUUUUCUCUCUCUUUUUCUGCUCUUUUGCUUUUUAUUAUUAUAAGAAAAAAAGAGAGAAACCUCUGCGCAUAAUCGAUCGAUAUUUAUAUAUAUAGCCUUAUGUGUAUCAUUAUUUAUUGUACCAUGCAGUUUUAUACACUAUUUAAGAAGAUUGAAUGUGAUAUAUUCAAAAUAUGUAACUGUAUACACAUUGCGCUGAUACGUUGACGAACUGAAUCAUAGUGAAAUCGUUGAAGCCGAGUGGAAGCCAGUGGAAGAUGCUGAAACAAAAUAAGAUUUCUAGGACUCCUGGUUGAAAUACAGGCGCUCGUAGCACAGUCAAUCUACAUGAUCAUCGAUCAGUGAUCUCGGCAGAAUAUUCUUUUUUUUUAACAUUGUUCUUUUCUUUUCCUCUUAGCAAAAUCCGAAUUUACUUUUUCGAUUCUUAAGUCGUUUGUGUUAGAAGUACAAAUUGAUUUGUUUGUCGAUUGAAUACAAAUUCAUACACCCUAUUCACUGCUUUCUGAGUUCAAUAUGUUAGUACAAUAUAAUUACAUAACGCUUACUUGUAAAUAUAUAUUUAUAUAUAUAUAUAUAUAAUUAUAUUAAAAUAUGAUAAAUUAAA